UCGUGCUUGGAGGCAUUCCAUGUUGCGCAUUGCAUUGCAUUUAUCUACCUAUCUACAUGCAUGCAUGCAAAAAAAAAGGAAAGAAAGAAAGAAAGAAAAUGAAGCACCACACACACUCCUGAGUCGGAGUGGAGAGAAGGAGAGAAGGAGAGAAGGCACGCGUGCACGAGGAGGGGAUUCUCCAUCCGGAGUCACGAGGAUUUCGACUGGAAAAAUAAAUAAAACAAUCAACAUAUUCAUGUUAUUUAUUUUCAUUAAAUAAAAAGGAGCGCGUGGUGAGUGAGCGAUGCGGCUGAAGUGGUGGUGAUGGUGGUGAUGAUGAUGAUUAUGAUGAUGAAGAUGAUGAUGAUGAAUCAGUCUCCAGCCCCGAGCUUCACCAUCCGCUCCAUCCUGGGCACCGCGGCGGAGAGCGCGAGGCAGGACGGAGGAAGCGGAGGUGCAGGUGCAGGUGGAGGUGCAGGUGGAUCGCGUGCAGCAGGAGCAGCAGCAGCGGCGGCGGCGGUGUCGGUGUCGGUGGCGCAGAGGAGGCGCGCGCUCUCGGUGUCCUCGGACGGCUGCAGCGCUGAAGAGGAGGAGUGCAGCAGCACCGAGUGUUUCUGCAAACUCCAACACACACUCUCCUCCAAAACGCGCCCGAACGCUACAGUAAACAAACCCUCAUCAGAAGGGAAGGAGCGCACGCUGCACAACCGCACCAAGAAUAAUAAAGAUGACCAAAGAUCACCGAGUCCGUGCAGUGAGAAGCGAACUGACAGAGGCACUGUUGACAAAUCCAGCAGCGGAGACACAGCGAAGAAGAAGACACGCACGGUGUUCUCACGGAGCCAGGUGUUCCAGCUCGAGUCAGCGUUCGACGCUAAGCGGUACCUGAGCAGCGCUGAGCGAGCGUGUCUGGCCUCCAGUCUGCACCUGAGCGAGACGCAGGUCAAGACCUGGUUCCAGAACCGGAGGAACAAGUGGAAACGGCAGCUCGCCGCAGAGCUCGAGGCCGCACACGUGGCUCACGCGGCGCCCUCAGCAGCUCGGACCCUGAUCGGGAUGCCGCUGGCCGGAUUCGGCGUUCCCAUGCCGAGAUCUGCGGCUUUUCCGAUGUAUUAUCCCGGAAGUAACGUUCCGGCGUUUCCUCUGUACAGUCUUUACAGUAAUAUUGACUGCUGAGGCGGAGGUUUGAUGGAUGCUGUGGUGUGUGUGUCUGCAGACAGAGACCAGUGGGCGUGUCUUUGAGUGGGAUUAAUGGGCGUGUCUUUGAGUGGGAUAGAUGCUGGUGUUUGAAUGGGAGACAAAUGGGCAUGUUUGUGUGGGACAAAUGGGAGUGUCCUAGAGGGGGCGUGUCUUUGCGCCUAUGCAUGGACUCAUGGACAGACCCUUUAAAAAUCGUUCUCUCAGGUCAGCUCAGGUUAGCUAGUUGGCUAACAGAAUCACUGAAAAUAUAUGGAAAUGAAUACUUAUAGACCAAAAGAAACACCUACAUUCUCACCUAAGGUCUUAAAGUCCGCCCACUCAGAGCGGCCAUCAAUUCCAUAUAUGGGCUCAAAGACACGCCCACACCCCCACCUAUGGUCUCAAAGUCCUUCCCAUUUUUCCUACAUGGACUCAAUGUCACGCCUUCUCUGGUCUAGGAUCUGCAGACAGACCUUAUAGGCCAUGGUUGCCAGGCAACAAUAUAUGUUCAUGAUGUGAAAAAAUCCCCCAAACACCUAGAAUAUAACUAGCAACCGUACUUAUAAAAAUCAUACCAUCUCUAAAUGUUAUAAAUAACGCCUAAUCAAUUUUUAAAAUGUUUUAGAGACAUCUCACGCUACACACCCCAUUUAAACCCCUCAGUGGGACGAUCCGUUUCCAUGGAAACAAAGAAUCAGAUGAGGGUGAUGUGGUUGGAGUUUUCUUGAUUUUGUAAAAAUGAAGCCAAAGUAAAAGGUUUAUACUGUAGCCCCGCCCCCUAAAGCCAAGCUUUACCUUUGUAAAUUGCGGAUUGUUGUUCUUUGGCGUUACUUUUAUCAGGCGAUACGCUGAAUGUUAUAACAGUGAAAGAUAUUCGCAGCAGUAGAGCAAUCAGGAACAGGAGGGAAUCAGGAAAUAUAUACGGAAUAAAAUCGAUGCAUGAUCUGUACAAUUCUGCCGAUGCUAAUUUGUGAAUUAUUUAAGGCAUGCUCUAGCGUCAUCCCGUCUCACCACAUUAAUAACGGUGUUGUAAAAUAAAACAUCUCUAUUACAGUUCUACUCUAAAUGAUUCAAAUGAGAUGCUAUUAAUAGGAAUUUAAGCAGAUAAAAUGACAUUUUCUCUUCUAACACCGGAUCUGCUUUUCUUUUUUCUCCUUCUGCACUUCUUCAUUGAUCACUUGGAGUUCGGAGUGUAGCUAACCGGCUAGUAGCUUUCAAUCCUGAUUUCAGUCCUGCUCCCGAUUGGCUUAUCCCGCGUCUAGCCAAUAAGACGUGAUUAAACUAUCUAAGAGACGUGCUCUUUUGACAUCCAUGGAGCGCAAAUAUGGAGGAAUCGUAACGAUGGCUUCGUUAACCUUUUAUGAACUUCAUUAUAGCGCGAUUUCCGCACAAAUCAUGUUGUUGUUUUUUUUUCGUUUUUAAAAAAAAAAAAAAAUAUUAUAAAUAUCUCAUUUUAAAAAAUUCGAAAGAAACAUUUGGAAAUGUAAUUUGAGGUUUAAACCUGAAAUCUCCUUCAUUAGCUGUGUUUCCAUCCAAGUCGUGAAUUUACCAUAUGAGAAAAAUCUGAAUAUCAGCAUAAAAAGUUCACGAAUAAAACAUCGUUUCGAUUUCAAGAGAACAAAGAAUCAAAGCAAGUGGAAGUUGGGAAGCCGCUGUGGCUCUUCGUUCCUGUAUAAUUUGAUAUUAUAGAUAAUUAUAUAGGUAUAAUACAUAUAAUAAAGGUUUCUCGUAUGCUUUAAGAAUCGUCUGCGUUUGCACUCCUUGGGAAAUCUGCACUACUGAUGUUUUCCAUCAAGAAUUAUAUUGUAGUCACGUUUUUUAAAAGUUAAAAUGCUAAAAAAUGUUCGGACCUCGCCGCCUAUCCAACCGUACCUCUCGCUCGCCGCCAUUUUAAUUUUUCUCACCCAAUUAUCCGAUCACAUGAUUUGUUGAGGAAAGGUCACAUGACUUUUCUGAUCCACCUCAACUGAGCGUGUACAUUUUGGAGAUUUUAUUUGAAAAAAAAAAAAAAUACGUUGACGGAAACAUAGCGACUGACUUCCAGUGGUUAUAAUAACAAAAUCAAUAAUAAGUGCUUAAAGGGUGAUGACAGAUGACAGUCUGGUAUAGUGUAGCUUAGUUUAAUAACAUGUUAGCUAACAUUAGCAUAGUUAGACUCAAUCAGUAUAACUGAUGCAUCAUUAAUCUUAUAUACUUUAUAUAUAUUGUGUUUGGCUGCCAGGUAACGUCACAAAUAAAUGACUUAUUCUCUAAAAAUGCUGAAAAUAAAACUUCAAGUGACGUCAGUUCUGCGUUCUCUCGACUCCAGGAAACACAGGAAAGGCAAAGCUUCGCAGAUUAAACAAGGAAAUUAUUUGUACAACGCUAAAUAUGUUCUGUAUUACUUACAUUUCUUCUCUACCACAAACUCAGCUGUGUCUCGAAUCACACACAUCUGACACACAAACACACAUGUAGUGCAGUGAAGAUGUUUCUUUGUUUUUUUAUGUGUUAUUUUCAUUGAUCGGUGUAUUUCUGUAAACUUUCUAUAUAUUUAGAUGAUCACGUUCUACAUUGGCACUUAGCCUUCCAGAUUAAAGCCUAUAGGAUUAUGUGAUUGGAGACAUGGCUCAUCAUUAUAUCAUUUAUAUUAUUUUUAAUAUACCAUGCCACGUCAUUAUAUUUUCACUUGUAUUAAUUUUUCAUAUAUAUUACCAACCAAAAUACAGCUUUAAAUGCUCAUCUGUAUUUGUUACAUUACUAAACUGUAAAUAAAUCUGCUUUAAGAAGUA